ACGACGAUGGCGACGACGGGGUUCGAAGCGCUCUCGCCGACGACGCUCGCCGACGUGCUUCCGCGGACGCAGGUCAUGCGCUACAACAUCCGGCCUCUCUGGGCGUGCCCGCGCAUCGCCGGCCCCGCGUUCACGGUCCGCCUGUCGCCAGGCGACAACUUGAUGCUGCACGCGGCCAUGUACGAGGCGCCGCCUGGUAGCGUCGUGGUCGUGCAGUCGGGCGACAUGGCGUUCGCCGCGAUCGGCGGCAACGUGGCUCGGAUCGCCAAGGAGCGUGGAGUGGCAGGCCUUGUCCUCGAUGGUCUCGUGCGCGAUAUCGCCGAGAUCCGCGACUUGGCCUUUCCAGUCUUCGCGCGGGGAGUCAUCCCCGUUCCAGGCACGAAAGCUCGCGUUGGCGAGCUCAACCAGCCCAUCGUCUGCGGCGAUGUGUCCGUGCAUGCUGGCGAUGUCGUCGUUGCUGACGAAGAAGGGAUCGUCGUCGUCCCGGCGGCGUCGGCCGCGACGGCCCUCACGGAGGGGACCAAGCGCCAGGAGAAGGAAGCUCGCGAAGGCUACGAAGCGUGGAAGCGUAACACAGCGCGCGGGUCCAAGCGGCCUUGAAGCCGUCGCGUGCGUAGCCGAUGCCACGUCAGGGCGAGCGCAGCGACUGAUGUGGUAGCCUCUCAUUGGCUAUAAUUCAAGAUAUCCAUUUUCGCAGAAUCC